CCAGGAAGUGGUAAUGUUUGUGUUGGAGGAGUGUGAGCAGAAACCUGAGCUGAAGUAGAAACGAAACUAACAUCAUUACUGACUACAUGUAUCUUUAUUUUCACGGGGAAUUGAAGUAAGUUCUGCGUCUGCUUAAACUCAAAAGCAUGAAUUAGAAUCUGCUGAUAUUUUAGUGUUUUCCUUCGGGAGAUAACGGCUUUAGAGAGGAACACGUUUCCUGCUCAGUGCUGGUGUCACGUGAAUGUGUUUACAGCUCAGACUCCGGGAUUUUCUUCAUGACACGCAAUUAAAUUGAUAUUUUUGUCGAGUUUACAGAGCGGAAUGAAAAUCCAUCAGGGUCAUGGUGCGCUUUAAACGCGCUGUGUAGUAAACCUGAGCUGCUUUUGGAGCUGCUUUUGGAGCUGCUUUAUUCACCUCACAUCAGCAUCAGCACCUUACAGAUUUGGGUCUUUUUUGUCGACAUCUCAGAGUCACCGUAACAGGACGACUCGAGGGAACUGAAGAUGUUUGCCAAGAAAAAUAAACGUCCUGUGGCUCCUAAAGGCCAAGGAGCUGCUGCUGCCAAACAGAUGGGUUUAUUUAUCGACUUUAACCCCGAGGACAUGAUGGACAUGAGCGAGAGUGUGGACGAUCCGGAUCUGGAGGCUGAAUUCGCCGCCAUUGUGGGGAAAAAAACAACUGCUGCUGCUAAAGCGAAAAAAAACAGCAAAGCUCCGUUACCGAUGGAAGACAUUGCGAAGAUGACAGAGGAGUGCAUGAAAGACCUCGACAAUGACGUCAGUGACGACGACCUCGAGGACGACGAAGAUCUGCUGGCAGAGCUACAGGAAGUGGUGGGUGAAGAGGAAACAGAUUCUGGUGCAGAGACCGCCACCUCGCCUGGCACUGAGGAAACUGGGCCAGUGGAGCCAGAACCACAGGAAGUGAAGGCGUCCUCGAACACCAGCAGCACCACCCAGGCAGCAGCAGCAUGCGGUGGUGUCGAACGCACCAUUCAGGAGAGAAUCACCAUGUACAUCGCUGCUAUAACCAACGCUAAAGCUGCAGGAGAGCCGGCUAAAGCUCGCCGCUACGACAGAGGCCUCAAGACCCUACAGACCAUGUUAGCUACCCUACGUAAGGGAGGAAAGAUAAACGAAGCAGAGAUCCCACCUCCGGUGGCCUCUGGUAACCGCGGCGACGCCGCUCCUCCCUCGGCUCCUCCCACAGCCGCACCAGAGCAUCACGAGGAGUCAGAUAGCGCCGUGGAGACGUCACCCGUUUCUCCGGAGACAGACUCCGUGUUGACGCUGCAGGAAGUGAAAGCGUCCCCCUCAGCAGAGACCGCUGCGGUUUUGCCGGACAGCAGCGGGGGUCCGUCUCAUGCCACCUCACCUGAGCAGGAGCGUAUCCCAGAAUCCCCUGCAGUAAGUGCCCCCAGUAAGGAGAUGUUGUUGGAGAGACAGAAGCAGUACAAGAUGGCGGCUCUGAGGGCAAAGCAAGCCGGAGAUCUGGAUCAGGCCAAAACACAUAUGAAAAACAGCAAGAGUUUUGACGCUGCGCUCGCGGCGCUGGAGAAAGGAGAGAGCGUGGACUUCACUAAACUUCUUCCUCCUCUGUCCCGAGCAGAAACAGAAGCUUCUCCAAUACCCGUGAUAAAAAUUUCACAAUCGUCCCCGAACAUGCAGGCCCAUGAUGCAGCAGUGACUCCGCCCAGCCCAGCCACACCCAGCCUGGCCCUGCCCAAAAGUAUUUUGGAAGCUUUGGAGCAGAGGAUGGCUAAAUACAGAGAGACAUACGAUCAGGCUAAAGCUAGCGGCAAUGACCGCAAAGCCCGCAUGUAUGAGCGCAUCAUCAAGCAAUAUCAGACCGCCAUCCGCUCACAUAAAGCAGGACGGGACCUUAAUUACGGAGAGCUGCCAGUACCACCAGGUUUUCCACCAAUCCCAGGACUGGCAGCGGUUCAACCUGAGGAGGGAUUGGCUGCUGCUCUGGAAACAGCCAAUAAGAUCGCUUCGAACGAGAUCGAGGAUGGAGACGACGAGGAAGAGGAAGCGAGGAAAGAAAGCAAACAGCCCCAAGCUCCAGCAGGAGCAGUGCAGAAGCCAAAGAAGCUGAUAAUGACGGUUCCUCCGAUGGUCCAGCAUCCUAAAAGAACUCCUUCACCUGAGAGAACCAUCCAGAAAGAGAGCCUAUCUUCUGCAGUGACGGAGCAGGUGGAGAUGUUGCAGGCUCGGAGGAAGCAGUACCUGAAGGCAGCACUGGAGGCCAAACAGAAGCACGACAUGGAGCAGGCCAAGGUUCAUCUACGCACAGCCAAGAUCCUGGAGCAACUGAUUAUUGCAGCACGCAGCGGCAAAAACAUCGACCUCAGCAAGGUGCCGUCUCUUUCUGACGAGGACGAGGACUUCAUCGUGGUCCAGCACAGUGAGGUGGAGUUGUCUGAGAGAGCGGAGGAGGUUUACUCUCAGCUCAGCACCAUGCUGAAGGAGCAAUAUGAGAAGUGUAUGACUUACUCCAAGCAGUUUACUCACUUGGGGAAUGUAGCUGAAACCACAAAAUUUGAGAACAUGGCAGCGAGAUGUAAGAAGAGUCUGGAGAUCCUGAAGCUGGCUCAGACCCGCGGACUCGAACCUCCUAAACACCACUUUGAGGAGAGAACAUACAGCACAGUCAGGAUAUUUCCGGAGCUUAGCAGCACUGAUAUGGUGGUGAUGAUCGUGAAAGGAAUGAAUCUUCCUGCUCCUCAUGGUGUCGCAUCGAAUGACCUGGACGCGUACGUGAAGUUCGAGUUCCCCUUCCCCACAUCUGAUCAGCCUCAGAGACACAAAACCUCUGUGAUUAAAAACACCAGCAGUCCCGAGUACAACCAGAGCUUCACCUUAACCAUAAACCGUAACCACCGCGGCUUCAGGAGAGUGGUGCAGUCCAAAGGCCUCAAACUGGAAGUGUUUCAUAAAGGUGGUUUCCUGAGGAGUGAUAAACCUGUGGGAACAGCUCACAUUAAACUGGACAAACUGGAGACUGAGAGUGAAGUGCGUGAGAUCGUGGAGGUGAUGGACGGACGGAAGGCAACAGGAGGUCGUGUAGAGGUCAGGGUUCGUCUCAGAGAGCCUCUGAGUGGUCAGGACAUGCAGACGGUCACUGAGCGCUGGCUGGUGCUGGACCAAUCACACUAGCUCUGAUCUUCACUCGACUGACCCGCUGUGAUGUCACUUCCUGCUGUUACGCUGCUCUUCCUCACGUCUUUUUACACAAACCAGGAGAAAAUGUCACACUGUUACUGUUACAGCAGAACCACAUAGAGGUCUGUUCACCAGAGUACACCAUUGGGACACACACACACACAUACAUACACACUCUCACACAAACUCACACACACACACACAUACAAACUCACACAAACUCUCACACACAUACACACACACAUACACACACAAAC